AUGAAUGGUCCAGAAACCAGGCCCAUGCUGAAAGUCCUACAUAUUUUUGUUCCAGCACCCUUAAAUACCAAACUAUCGACCCUUGGCUUAGACUUACCAGAUUUAUGGACCAUUAACACAGAUAAUUUAGCGAGCGCGCUGAUUUUGUCGUGUUUUUGGAUGCAAAUUGUUAUGCACUUUUCAGGAAUGUCCAUGAUGACCGAUGCAGAGGAUCGGCUCAUGGUUGACCUUUUCCGGGGGUAUAACUCACUGGUUCAGCCAGUGCGUAAUAAAACUGAAUUACCUAUGAUAAUCAAGAUUGCUAUGCAACUUGUGCUGCUCAUCAAUGUGGUGAGUAUAGAAUACCGGUGUGCCAUCGCUUAG